AUGGCAGUUCCCAAAGUCACAAGUAUCCUAUUGGUGAUACUAAUAACAUUAACCCUCCUUAAUUUCAUCUUGAAAUAUUACACGUAUUUUGUAUUAAUAGUUGCAUCUUCCAAGUCCACACCUAACCCCGACACACCAGAACUGACAAGCAUACCACAUCCUCAUGAGUUGUUUGUUCCUUUACUCACAUUCAUUCCUUCAAAGUCUACAGUGUUGGCAUACCCUUGGGUUCUAGUGACAGCAAGUUUUGUUGAGGAAACGUUCAUUGGGUUGUUUGUUAGUAUUGUUGGUAUGUUUUAUUUGGGGAGGUACCUUGAAAACGUAUGGUCAAGUCCUGAAUUCUUGAAAUUUGUCAUGUUUAACGUUAUUGUGACUAAUUCCUUGUUAUAUUUGUACUAUUCCUUCAAGAGCUGGUUUAUAGAGUCGGAAGUGCCGGUGGUUUUGAGUAGUAUGGGUAUAAUUAUGGGUUUCAUUGUGGCAAUCAAACAACGUAUCCCUAAUCACUUCUUCAUACUAUUCAAGGGGAACUUACGGAUCAAAGUAAAGUACAUGUCAUUCAUACUCAUCAUCCUAAGUCUUGUAUUGGCCUUUUUGAAUUCAGAAUAUUACAUCACCUACUUAAUGUGCUGUUAUGGAUUUAUCAUAUCAUGGUUCUACCUCAGGUUUGUCAAGACAAGUUUAAAUGAAGGACAAUCGUACUUGAUUCCAUUCUCAAAGACAAGUCCAAUCGAACCAAAGGAAGAGGAAGCAAAACAAUCAGACCAAUUUGCAUUACAUACAUUCUUCCCAUAUCCUUUAUCAACCAUAAUUCAACUUGUAUCUUCAAUUGGGUUCAAAUUGGCAAUCAAGUAUAAGUUGAUCUCAGGGAAAGAACAUACGUUGAGUUCAGGGUUAGAUGAACAGUUUAAUAGUAAGCUAUUCGCCGUAUCUUCAUUGAAAGGUGUUAAAGACGUUGGUGUGUUGAACAUUUCCAAGGUUUUCCAUUGGUUCAGUUCAAGUGGGUCUACGGGGAUUAAUAAUACUAUGGAUAAACGGAGGAAAAUGGCAUUGAAAGAAAUUGAUCAUUAA